AUGGACACACUCGCCCAAGAUGUCCUAUACUCCACAAUCACACAUACCGUCACGCUCAUCGCGCGCGCGGACGCAACCUCAACGAGCGCAUCGAAUACCAGCAGCAGCACCGCAAGCGCCACCUCAACCUCGACGGCGACCGCGCAACGUCCGCCAGCGUACAAGAUCGUCGGCAUAUGUCUUGCUGUCUGUUCCGGCCUGUUUAUCGGCGUAUCGUUCGUGCUCAAGAAGGUCGGUUUGCUGAAAGCGAACGUCAAGUACCAUGAAGAGGCAGGAGAAGGGUAUGGCUACCUCAAGAACUUCUACUGGUGGAGUGGCAUGACCCUCAUGAUCCUCGGCGAGCUCUGCAACUUCGUGGCCUACGCCUUCACCGAUGCCAUCCUCGUCACCCCUCUGGGCGCACUCAGUGUGGUCAUCACCACCAUCCUGAGCGCCGUCUUCCUCAAGGAGCGCUUGAGCUUCGUUGGCAAGAUGGGCUGCGCCAUAUGUAUCCUGGGAAGCAUCAUCAUCCCGCUGAACGCGCCCGUGGAGAGUGCGGUGGCCGACAUACAACAGAUGCAACACUAUGUCAUCCAACCCGGCUUUCUCUCCUACACCGGCGUCAUCCUCCUCGGGUGUGCAUUCACCGCUUUCUGGGUGGCGCCACGGUACGGCAAGAAGAGUAUGCUGGUCUAUCUCAGCAUCUGCAGUCUCAUCGGUGGACUCAGCGUCGUCUGCACUCAAGGUUUGGGCGCCGCGAUCGUGGCACAGAUCAACGGCAAGGCGCAGUUCAACCACUGGUUUCUGUACAUCCUGCUCGUGUUUGUAGUCUGCACGCUUUUGACGGAAAUCGUGUACCUGAACAAAGCACUCAACAUCUUCAAUGCCGCCCUCGUCACGCCAACCUACUAUGUCUACUUCACGUCCUCCACCAUUGUCGCGUCCGCAGUACUCUUCCAAGGCUUGCACGGCACGGCUAUCCAGAUCAUCGACGUCGUUUUGGGCUUCCUCGUCAUCUGCUCUGGCGUGGUCUUGCUCCAACUCGCCAAAUCCUCCAAGGAUGUUCCGGACACGGCAGUCUUCAGCGGCGAUCUCGACCAAGUGCGGACGGUCGCCGAGGUCGAAGAGCCAGAGUACGAGCCUCGUGCUGACACCAUCCGUGGCGGUGCCGGUAUUGUGCGCGCACUCAGCAAGGUAAGGACAAAGCGGCAGGUGGAAGAGGUGAAGCGCAUUCAGGACGAACGCAUGGAGCCUAUAGGCGAGAACGAAGAGUUCGAGUGGGACGGUCUGCGAAGACGGAAGACGGUCUCGAGUCUCGGACGAAGCCACGCCGAAGGUAGUAUAUCACGGCGGAAGACAAUCCAUCCGCCCUUGGGCAUGGCGCAGUUUCCAACCACGGACGACACCAUUAGUGAGCCGGACAGCGAGGUACAUCCUGGCUUCUUCGGCAGGAUCGCACGCAGAAGCCAUACCACGAGCGGCGGGGGCAGUCAGAGGGAUAAGAAGCGAAGGAGGAGCGGACACAGUCCGGUGCCGCUGUCUACCGUAACACCCAACAAGGGUGCGGAUGCUGCGGAAGAGCAGCCGGCAGAGCACAUCUAUGGCCUUCCAGCCGGUCUCCAGGCGCACCACGCCGAGCAUGAGGAAGAUACAGCCUACAAAGGUGCCAUUGGCGCUGCGAGUACUGCUAGCGAUGGAGGCCCACACAUCCACUUCGCAACCUCAGAAGCGCAAGAAGCGCGCGACCGCACCGGCUCAAGAGGCAGCUCUCUCGCUCCACCCCGGCCGCCACCCCAUGCCCACGGCGGAGGGAAGCGACAAUUCUCCUUCCAAAACCCCUUCCACCGCCGCAGCCACCACGACGCCACCGAAGACGAACGCCCCACCAGCCGCGGCGCCCACUCCUUCACCUCGCGCGGCGGCAGCGUCCGCGAGUACCCCACCGGCGGCCCCACGACGGAAGAAGAGCGCGCGGGCCUCGUGUCGGGCGAUGGCUCGCGGUCGACGUUGCCGCGGUACACGGAGGUGCCGGAGGAAGAGGAGCCGGAGGAAUUGGGCAGGAGUGGAAGUGAGGAGUGGCAGGUCACGUCGGGGACUAGUAGUAGUCCUGAGGUGAUUGGGGCGAGUGGUGGGGAUGUGGGGAGGCGGGGGAGAAGGGAUCCGUAUGAUGGGCGAGGUGGAGAUGAUGAGGAGGACAGGCUGUUUGACGAGCCGUUGAGGAGUCCGCUUACGAGGGAUGAGGCUGGUGGGCGUGGGAGGGGAGGAGGUCCGGCGUUUGUGUAG